AGCUGUCAGUGGGCUCCUCCGCGGCUGCGGCGGCGAGAUGUAAACAAACAACAAACGAUCGUUCGUUUGCUUUCCCUUUUAGUUUUAGUUUCGCGCACGGAACAGAAACAACCCUCGCCUGUUCGGAAAGGCCCGGCCACGACCACCACCACCACCACCAACGGCAGACCGAAUGGGUGCAUUCCAGUGGCCAUGGGAGUAUUCGUUUCCACCAUUUUUCACAGUGCAAGUGCACGCCAAAACGAAGGAACAGCAGCUGGCCACCUGGAAGGAGCUGGUGCUAAACUAUCAAAGGCAUGAGCGCCAAGCGCUGCUAAACAUUGCCGAAGACGCGCCCCCGUUCGUGAACAGGGAGCUUGCCCGCAAACUGUCGCCCGAGGCCCGGCUCUGGGUGAUGGAGGAGCUGGCCAGGACGGGCCAUGCCGCGACCGCCGACAAGCGCAAACAGCAGUGGGAAGUGUACUGGCACACGCUGGACGAGUGGAGCACCAUCCUGUACGAUUGGGCCGUGGCCAGCGGCACCACGAACACGGUCUGCACGCUGUACGAGCUGGUGGCGGGCGAUAAUACGGUCGGCGAAGAGUUUCACGGGCUGGACGAGGGCGUGCUGAGAAAGGCGCUGAAGCUGCUGGAGGGACGGGGAAAGUGUGAGCUGAUAGCGUUCGACGACAAUGAGGGGGUGAAGUUUUUCUAACACCUGUAACACGAUGUGAGUCGGGAAAUACACGCUGGAAGGAUGAGGAACUGGUCGGAUGUUGACGUUUAAACCAAAAAAAAAAAAAAAAAGGAAACGACCACACAAAUCAAAUUCCAAAUUUUAUUAAUCUUCA